AUGCUGGCGCGCUGGGUCCUGCGACGCGCACUGCGCGGUUCAAACUCAAGAGCAAUAUCAACCCGCACGCGACAGCCAUCACCAAAUCCUUGUAACAACAUCCCGGCCAAUGGCAUCAAUGGCCUGCGCAGUACCAGCCUAAAUAUUAUUCAAUCACGAAGCCUCGUGACAGAGGCUAUUCCAAGCAUUGCUGUACCACCUCUCAUGUUCAUCGGGCUCCUACUCGGUCUAUGGACCUGGAAAUGCUUCUGGAUCAUCGUCAUGCAAAACAAGCUCCUGUAUCUCUCCUGGCUGCCUCCAUUCACAAGGUCAGAGGCAAUUUCAGAUUACAAGGCUGAAUGCAGACCGGUACAGUGGGAGGAGAAGCAGAUUCGAAGCUUGGACGGGACUAAAUUGGCUGUUUGUGAGGGUCACAUUCCGAUUCUUCCAAAGGAUACUAUGUCCUCAUUGAAUCGUAAUGCUUCACGGAAUAAAGACCAGGCGAAACUGGUUCCAAAACAAAAGAAGUCCGUUGUGAUCUGUUACUUCCAAGGCAAUGGAGGAUCAACCCCUAUGCGGUUGCCUCUUCUCUCUCAUGUCUUGCGCGCGAUUACGGAAACGGCAAGAUCAACUUCACCACCUAUGCCUGGCGCCGAAGUUUCUCAAUAUACUAUCGCUGCUCUAUCAUACCGCGGUUACUGGACAUCAUCUGGCCGCGCCACACAGUCCGGGAUUGAGAUGGAUGCCCAGGCAUUCUUGAAGUGGGUUUCAGAGACAUAUGCAUCCCCGGUAACCGAUCUUGAGAUUGUGAUUUGGGGACACAGCCUAGGUGCUGCUGUUGCAAGCUCAGCAGUGUCUGCAUAUCUUGCCCGCCAACACAAGGGGCAAACCUCAAAUACAAGCAGUAACAGGCCCCUGGCGCCCAUUUCGAGACUCAUUUUGGAGGCGCCAACAUCUAGCAUUAAAGAUAUGCUCAUUAGCCUCUAUCCUCAGAAAUGGCUUCCAUACAGAUAUCUCUGGCCGUUCUCUUGGAAUACAUGGGAUAUCAAGGCGAAGAUGCAAGAAAUGGCUACAUGGAGAGACGAACCUGGGUCUCAAAUCCCCAAUGAAGCUACGCCAUCAAUACCUCGCUCGCUUCCGCCGAUCUUUCUUAUAUCUGGCGACAAAGAUGAAGUCGUUCCACCGUACGUACCAGACCAGUUAGAACAACAUGCCAGGUCUCUCGGCUUGGAGAUCCAGAGGAAAGAUGUGCUUGGUGCUAUGCAUAUAGAGGCUCCACUCAAACUGGAUGGUAGGAAGGCAAUGGUCCAAUUUAUCCUCAAUGGUACAUCCGUGCCCAAGGCAUAA